UCACAGGCUGUGCUAUAAAAUACUCCUCUUCCCUGAGCAACAUGCAACGACUGGAUAAAGUCUCUUUUAAGAACUAACCUCACGUGCUCAUACGCGCAAGCGUCGUCUCGGUUUGAGUAUGUACAACGAAUGUGAUCUUGCGUUCCCGUCUCCUCCUCCUCCUCCUGGAGCCGGCACUGAGAGGCGUUUCGUCAUGAGUAAAAAGACAGUUUUACCGCAAUGCUAUUUCAAUAGCUAUCUAGCUCUGCACGAGAGCCACUGACCCAAGAGGAAAGGGUGGUGCCGCGCACUGGCAUAGUCCAUGCGCGUUCACGCAUUUAUCUGGAGUCGGCUCAGCAGACAAGAACCGAGCGGAGCAGGUGUGCGCUUUCAGUCUGGGUUCAGAGCUCCUCUCUCUCGUCUCUGACUUUGAUGGACUUACAUGCGGCUCGUUAACUGCAGUGGAUGACUCUAUAUGCGCGUUUAUUGCUCAGGGUGAAAGUGUCCUUCUUCAGAACACAGUUCAGUGGAGAUCUUCAUCAUGAACACAGAUAGCGGAGGACGUGCUCAUAAAAGAGCAUCCCUGUCGCUCACUCUCUGUCCUGUGAAGAGGGUCCAGAGCUCACCCAACCUGUACGCAGCUGCAGGUAGUGAUUCCCAGUCUUCAGAUUCAGAUGCCUGGCGUUCACGUAGUGUGUCCGAAGGGUUAAGGAAUGGAGAUGCCAGUAGCUCGUCCUUGACUGCUAAAGGCUUCCGCAGCGUUAGACCAAACCUACAGGAUAAGAAAUCUCCCACACUGGUCCCCUUGCCGCCCCCUCGGAGAGAGAGCUAUCACAUGACCCCUAACCCCCCAUCUUACAGUUCCCUUGCAAUGCUGUCAGAUACCUCCCUCUCUCCCCCACAUAGUCAUGAUAUUAUUUCCACAGGCUCUUACACCUCCUCGUACUCAUACUCUAAGACCACCCGAAGCUCCACUAGCACCUUUGGAGCCACACUGGAGGAGCCCCCCUUGUCCCAACAAGCUAAUGCUAACAGUUUUAUAACUCGGGUUCUGGGAAACCAAUUGUCAUCUUCAAAAUUUACCACUGACCAACUAAAUGCAGCACCUAACAAGACAAAUAUGAUUAAAACUGACCCUAAGUCUAAAACUAAGCCAAAACGUACAACUGCCCCCCCAGCUCAAGACCCCACUGCAACUUCUGAAACACACGUAGCUUCUCUCUCCGUCCAGUUAGUUCCUUGCAGUCCAGAACCCAAAGCAGAGACCCAGUCAGGGUCUGAAUCUGUAUCCAAGAAAAACCCAGUGGACCUCGCUGAACCUACGCGAGCCCCUGUUGUACCACCAAGACCACAUGAGUUUUCUCCUGUAAGUGGGAGCAUCGGCCCGCUCUCUUCUGGACCGCCUUCCCCUGACCCAUCAGCUCGCCGGUCACCGUAUAGCCGGGCCAGUCAGGAUUCCCCUGACUUCCUUUCAGGGCUAUUGCCCAAAGCCCUCUCACCGACACCUUUCACCCCUUUGGAACGUUCCGGGCUAAUUUCGGCCUCACCUGCCCCAUCACCAGUAACUGUGUCGGCACUGAGUCAUUAUUCAUCAUCCACGGUUGGGCUGGAGGAGCUGCGGAUCUGCGGCAUGGACUCCUCCCCUGCGGCCACGCCAACCCCACCCCCCACACUCAGCCACGCCUCCAAUACCCCUGACGAGCUUCCUACCGCCCCAUCAGCUGCCACGGGCACUAACGGUCAGAUGGCUGUGAAUGGAAGCUCUCAAUCUCAGAGGCCCUUUUCUCCACCUGUGUACCCACCUCCACCCCCAACCCUCAGCCCAGGCCUGGUUAAGAUCCAGCAGGGUCGUAGUUCAGAGGGUUCAGAGACGGUGAAGAGAGAGUCUAUUGUCUCUGGUCAGACAGUGGUCAGUAGCUCUGUGCCCAUCGCUCGUUUCUCAGAGGAAGAGAAGAAGGUGUCUGUCAUAAAAGCGCCCCAUUACGAAGGCAUAGGACCAGUGGAUGAGUCAGGCAUUCCCAUCGCCAUCCGAACGACUGUGGACAGACCUAAGGACUGGUACAAGACCAUGUUCAAACAGAUCCACAUGGUUCAUAAAGCAGAUGAUGACUAUGCAGACACAUAUAAUGCAACAUACGCUGUCAUAAACAACGACAAUUACCCUCUUGUCCAUACCCACCCGCCCCCUCGAACGCACACCUACCGGCCUCUCUCUAGAAAUACCUCCGAAACGCCAGACGGUGCCGCCCACCGGGAGCUCUCACCAUCACCCGUGCCCCCUCCACCCCCUCCCAUGCCCUCUCUCCUCCAGCUCCGCUCAAGAGACAUGGACAGAGAGAAAGAGUUCUCACCUGACCCAAAUGAGUGGGGUCCUCCAGAUCGAAAAGUGGAUACACGUAAAUACCGGGCAGAACCACGGAGCAUCUUUGAGUAUGAGCCUGGCAAAUCCUCCAUCCUUGAGCAGGAAAGGCCGACAUUUGAUUUAAACCCAGAUGACAUAGAUUUAGAGAACGAGCCUUGGUUUAAAUUCUUUUCUGAGUUGGAGUUUGGACGGCCGCCUCCUAAAAAGAGGUUGGAUUAUAAUCCUGACUACUCCACACAUGCUGUGGCACAGUCAUCCCUCUAUCUCUCGCCCUCCGAACGACCUGAUGCACCUUCGAGUGACUACAGGAAAAGGCGAAAGUCGGAACCAUCUGUCACUCAAGCCAACACAGGAAGUGAGCAGAAUGCCAGUCAAGUAUUUUCCCGCCCACCGGACUCCAAUAAAGCACAAACACUGAAGAAGCCCACCAUACGUUCCUCCCCCUCCUCACCAUCCAGACCCAAAGCUGGAGACGCUAGUGAGUCACUCUCCUCCUGUAUGAGCUCUCCAGGUAUGGAGCGCCCUUCCUCUCGUCUCUCCUCAGACUCCCUCACUAUCUCCACACCAACCUGGCGCGGCUCCAAGCGCACCAUCUGCUUCAAGAACGGUUGGCAGACCGGCCGACAUGAAGCUGCAGAGACUUGGAGUAGUGUUGACGAUGAAUCUGUCAUGACUCCGUCAUCACCACGGCUCAAAUCACGCAGCUGUGAUGAUUUGUUGUCUGAUGGACAUUGUGCUAGUAAUGAUGGGCGAGCGUCCACUUCUGUGACUACCACUCGCUCUGAAAGUGCAGGUUCAUUGCUCGAUGAAGAAGCUCCACAGACGCCUCAAGUAAAAAGCCUUACCUCAUCUCCCAGGGGGCGCCGUCAUCACCGGCGUAAGAUGCCACAUGAUACUCCAGGUUUCCUUCAGCUCUACAAGAAAAUGCACCACAUAGAUCGUGAACAGCUGUUGCCCUCAGAGGUGAUUCGUUCUGUACGUGCACGGAUCCUCGAGCUGGAACGGCUACAGCAGCAACAGAGGCACAACCUCCAUGGUUGGGCACCUUUCGGUAUUGAGGUACCUCAACACAUGGUCCCAAACCUUAUAUCAGAAUAUGAACAGCUCAUCCAGAAAUCAAAGUCAAUGCCAGACCUCGGUGACGAAAAUGCUCCUUCGGGCACCACCACACCAGGGUCCUCAAGGGCCAGCAGCUGUCCCAAACGACGCUUUUCUGUGGAAUCACUUUUAGAGGAAGAGGAUCCUCCAGAAAGGGCUCGAAGUCCCCCUGAGGGACACCCAAAACCAGGACCAGACAGCAGUAGCCUGGUGCCAACUCAUGGGAAGAACCAGAGGCAUCAAGACUACUCGGACAGCGAGCAGGACGCCUGUGCCUCCGAAAUGAGCGACAUCCACAUAGAAGGAUCUUCACUGUGUAGCGAAAGCGACCUGGAUCAUUGCUCUUUUACCUCAUCAGAGAGCUUCUACGGUUCUGGGCAACAUCACCAUCAUGGACACCAUCACCAUAGACACCGUUACCAUCGCCACCAUCAUGUGCACCAGAGUGUCGGUCAGAGUCAAGGUUACCAACACCGCCACCUCAUCAGCUCAUGUAAGGGUCGCUGUCCAGCAUCCUAUACUCGAUUCACCACCAUGCUAAAACAUGAGCGACAACAAGAAAGGGCUCGGCAGGAGUCCCACCCUGCCUCUACGUCUCCACAAGCCCAGCAGUCACCCAGUGAGACAGGCCUUUCCAAACUGGCCUUCCUGGUCAGCCCUGUGCCUUUCCGCCGGAAACCAGGCUCCCCGCCGACCCAACAACGACAUUGCAGAAGCGGUCGGCCGAAAUCCAAAACUGCAAUUUAUGAGGCUUUAGAUGCCGCUUUGCAGGACAUUUAUGACCACAUAAGGGCUGAAAAGGGGCAGGGAUCAGCAAGGAUGCCAGAUGAUAGCAUAUUGCGGCGGUUAUUGGAGGAGUUGAUACCAGACGUGCCCAAGCGUAGCUCCUCCUUGCGGGCUCAGAGAGGGUCCGGCUCCCCCUCCUUGCCCCACGUCCACCAGCCUUAUCAUGGAGCCCACCAAUGUGCCUCCUACCAGCAGCUACACCACCAUACAGACGCCUCCAACAACAACCAGCAUAAUGCUAAUGCUAAUGUGCACUCCUAUUCAGAUCAGGGUUCUGAUACAGGACGUCUCACACCACAAAGCAGAAGACCAACGCCAGAAAGAGAGAAACAGUCUGCCAGGGCUAUUUAUGAUUUUAAAGCUCAGUCUGCCAAGGAACUCUCUUUUAAGAAAGGUGAUGCUGUCAAUAUCACAAAAAAAAUUAAAAUAAACUGUAAUAAGGGGAAAAAAAAAGACCGAAUUGGAAUUUUCCCCAUCUCUUAUGUCGAGAAAGUCGCAUCUCCAGAGCGGAGGCAGCCUGUCAGGCCUCCUCCUCCAGCUCAGGCUCGAGAGAUGGGAGAGGCCAUAGCACGAUACAAUUUCAAUGCAGACACUAACGUGGAGCUUUCUCUUAGAAAGGGGGAGCGAGUGAUCCUUCUAAGGAAGGUGGAUCAGAAUUGGUAUGAAGGAAAGAUUCCUGGCUCAAACAAGCAGGGCAUUUUCCCUGCAUCCUAUGUCGAUGUGAUCAAGGGCUCUCCUUCCAAGAGCCCCAGUCACCAAGGAGACAUGCACACAUAUAAGGCACAUAAGAAAAUGAUGCAGGAUUCUCAGCAUUCAGGUGGUGAGCCCUUCCAAGCUGUGUACAACUAUGUGCCUCGUAAUGAGGAUGAGCUGGAGCUGAAGGAGGGGGAUGUUAUUGAUGUCAUUGAGAAAUGUGACGAUGGCUGGUUUGUGGGUACCUCUCAGAGAACCAGGUUAUUUGGAACGUUUCCAGGAAACUAUGUUAAACCGCUUUAACAAAGAGGAAACAAUGGCACAAAUACGGCCACUCCAGUGCCUACUGUGUAGGGCCAAUGAGGCACCUCACCUUUGAGAAUGUGUGUGUGUGUCCAUAUGUGUGAGUGUGUUCACAAACACAACAGUUUUAGCUCUGCCAUGUCCGCACAGAGAAACCACUGAAGUUUAUUUCACUUUGAGCACUUUGUUUUUGUGCCAUCACAGUCUCCUUGCUGUUCCUUCAUCUGCUAUUCUGUCAACAGCACAUUCAUCAGUGUUUUUUCCUUUUAUUUUGACUCAGAGUUAGUACAGUGAGGAUUCAAGCAGCAAUGGUAUUGAGUGAGGUCAGUAGAUCAGUAUAAAUGAUACCGAGAAGAAACCUCAGGCAUCAGUGUUGACCUGUGUGUGUGUGUGUAUUAUCUGUGUGUUGUGUAAUAAACAGUGCAAGGUUAAUAGCAAUAGAGACCAUUGGUUAUAGAGGAGGAUAGAUAUUUUCAUUAAAAUGAGCUAAACGUGAUCGCAUGGACAAUUAUGAAAUUGCUCAUUCCCCUUGUGUGUGGCCAAAAUAAACAACUGAUAGGAACAGACGUGUUUUAACCAUUAAUUGUAUAGGUAACAAUACUUCUGCCAAUUACAAAAUAACUAUCAUGGAGCAAUUUUGCUAUUGUCUAAGUGGCAAUCAUUCGUAUAGGAUACUGAUCGUAUGAUUAUCAGUGCAUUGUGGGUAUUUGUAUAAGUAGUCUUUAAAAAGAAAGUGCAUUGACAUUCUGGAAAGGAGAGAUGCUUAUAUUGAAUUUGGUAACAAAUAUUUGAUUAAUGAACAUUUUUCUAAUGUUUACUUGAGAAUUUUUUGAACGGACUGAGUUUUAGAAUUGUGAGUGAAUCACCUGAUUUUAAUACAGUAUAAAAAUAUGUAAAUUAAGAUUCAAUCAUUGCUUGUUUUAGUAAUGAAUGGCAACAAUGUUUAAAGGUGAGCCUGUUAUGAUGUUUAAUUGUUUUAUUUGUUAACCUAAAUUAAUUUAUCUAAAGAAUUAUUUUCUCCUUUUUUUGUGAAAGUUUGAUCUCUAAUAUAAAACAUUAAUGAUGCAAUUUAUCUGCCAUGUUUCUCAUGAAUUUCACUCUUUUAAAAUUGCAUCAUAAAAUGCAAUAGAGAGAGCUGUUGGUCUUUGAUGAAUGUUUGUAUGCUUGUCUGGCGUUCAAAAUGCUUUCGUUUCUGAAGGAUUUGUUUAUCAGUAUUUUCUGUAUCACUUGCUGUGUUCUCAUCUGAAAGCAUAUUUUGCUUGUGUUGCAUCAGCUUUUACAAGUACGUAUAUUCAGUAUAUGAAAAAGGGUGUCUAUGAAUUUCACAGACAGCAGAGCAAUCUUAAAGCACCUUAAACAUUUAUUAAUUCUAUUAUUAUUAUUUUAAUUUUUUUUCAAGGUUGAAGUCUGUAAGAUUGUCAGUAAUGAAAUAUUGUUGCAUUUCGUUGCUUCAUAUGCAGAGAGCUAUGAGGGAACAUUUUUGUUGAUUUCAGCACAGCCAGUGGUUUGAGUUUGGGGAGGGGCUUUCUGUUUGGCUGACCAAUGGCAGACCUGUCUGAAAAUAAUUGCAAUUAUGUUUAAUAUGCAGAAAUGACACACUUCAGCUUUAAAUAUUCUAAUCACACGGUUUGCAUUUUCCAGCUUUUGUAUUGUACUGUACAUGAGUUUCACUUAUAUUUUAAAGCCCUUCCUUUCUCACUUUUGGUUUCUUUUAUCUAUCUAUUUUUUUUUCUUUUUUUUUAAUCCUUUGUAUUUCAUCCCAUGUGCCAAAUUUAUUUGACAACUUUGGUGCAAAAACAGAAAGAAAAUGUAUGCAAAAACAGGCAAAGAACAUUUUGGGGACUAAUAAAGGACUUCUUUCAGCACAGAAUGGAGACAAACUGGAGUCAGGAGAUAUUUUGUCACUGUUUGCAAACUACUCUGCUCUACUAAAGACAGUGGAUUGGAGGAUAUUUUUGCCUUUUUCCUUAUAGCCUUUUGACUGAAUAACAUAUAGUGUUAUUUGACGUGUGUGCUUGAUGAGCUGGUGAGCUUGAGAGAAUCUAGUUUAACCUGCUCACUUUCAAAUAAAGCUUUUUUUUUUCCUCUU